AAGAAUUUGCCUUCUCACUUGCACGUCUGUAAUGGAGCCAAGUCUGGUAAGACUUUAAGCUUUGGAAACGAAAACAUUUCCUUAUUUAUGCUAGAGAAUAAAUAUUGACCUCUAAUGAUAACAUUAUUUUUCUUUAACGAUGGUGCAGUGCUUUUUCCCGCAAAAUGUCGUCCCAUAUGUUCAAACUCCACUUUUUAUAAUCAAUUCAAUUUAUGACUCCUGGCAGAUUAAUAACACUUUGGUUCCUCGAUACCUCGAUCCUGAACUUGUGUGGGAUCAUUGCAAGGCUCGCUUAAGUAACUGCACACUUAGCCAACAUUUAAUUAUUCAAGAUUUUGGAGUAGAGUUCUUGAAGGCAUUCGGUGGACUAACCCCUUCUUUUACGAGGGGUUAUUUCCUCACAUCUUGCCAUACUCAUCUUGGAAUUCUGCAGACGCGUUUUUGGUUCAGUCCUACCUCUCCAAGAUUACUUCAUAAGACAAUGGGUGAAGCUGUUGCUGAUUGGUACUUUGAAAGAGCAGGGUUUCAAUACAUAGACCCAUACCCUUGUGCUAGAGAUUGCAAGGUGUAGUUAAGUUGGUGAACGUCCAUAACAAAUGGGCUUGCAGAUGUUGUACGUGCUGCUUAUUUGGUGGUACAUAGCUAUUGAGGAGUACCUGACCAUUGGAGUAAGAUAGUUUUUAUGUUUUACAUUUAAGUCCUAUU